AUGUCCCACGGCAGACAGACCGUGCGUCACUGGAUGGAUACUAGCCUACCCCGACACUGAUGAAAGUUGGCUGGUGAAAAGGGCAUUCGUCAAUCUAUCGUUGACUCAUGACGCUCAUUUCUGUUCUUUUUUUUUUUUUUUUCCACAGAUGAACAAAUCAACCUUCACGAAGAUCGAGGAGAGCAGAACCGAGAAAAAGAACGCGCCAUCAGACGGGCGGGCAGCGAUUGUCUUCUCACUCAAGAAUGAAGUUGGAGGGCUCGUGAAGGCGCUGAAACUUUUCCAGGUAAGUCUAAUGUGCACUUGUGCCAAAAUGUGCAUUUGCAUGAGUUCUGUAACCUAUCUUGUUUGUGACAACAAUGUUAUUUAAUCCCUUUAAUCCUUUUGAUCUCACCUGAUUUAAAAAUCCUAUUAUAAUUGGUCUACUUAGGCCAGUGGGUUCAAUGGGAUUAUCAAUGCAGGCCUCCACUGUUUUGCAUCAUAUGUUUUCCAUAAACAUUACUGAAAUAUACACUACCGGUCAAGAGUUUUAGAACACCUACUCAUUCAAGGGUUUUUCUUUAUUUGUACUAUUUUCUACAUUGUAGAUUAAUAGUGAAGACAUCAAAACUAUGAAAUAACACACAUGGAAUCAUGUAGUAACCAAAAAAGUGUUAAACAAAUCAAAAUAUAUUUUAUAUUUGAGUUUCUUCAAAUAGCCACCCUUUGCCUUGAUGACAGCUUUGCACACUCUUGGCAUUCUCUUAACCAGCUUCACCUGGAAUACUUUUCCAACAGUCUUGAAGGAGUUCCCACAUAUGCUGAGCACUUGUUGGCUGCUUUUCCUUCACACUGCGGUCCGACUCAUCCCAAACCAUCUCAAUUUGGUUGAGGUCGGGAGAUUGUGGAGGCCAGGUCAUCUGAUGCAGCACUCCAUUUCUCUCCUUCUUGGUAAAAUAGGUCAUUGUCCUGUUUAAAAACAAAUGAUAGUCCCACUAAGCCCAAACCAGAUGGGAUGGCGUUUCGCUGCAGAAUGCUGUGGUAGCCAUGCUGGUUAAGUGUGCCUUGAAUUCUAAUUAAACCACAGACAGUGUCAUCAGAAAAGCACCCCCACACCAUAACACCUCCUCCUCCAUGCUUUACGGUGGGAAAUACACAUGCGGAGAUCAUCUGUUCACCCACACCGCGUCUCACAAAGACACGGCGGUUGGAACCAAAAAUCUCCAAUUUGGACUCCAGACCAAAGGACACAUUUCCACCGGUCUAAUGUCCAUUGCUCGUGUUUCUUGGCCCAAGCAGGUGUCUUUUUCUUAUUGGUGUCCUUUAGUAGUGGUUUCUUUGCAGCAAUUCGACCAUGAAGGCCUGACUCAUACAGUCUCCUCUGAACAGUUGUUGAGAUGUGUCUGUUACUUGAACUCUGUGAAGCAUUUAUUUGGGCUGCAAUUUCUGAGGCUGGUAACUCUAAUUAACUUAUCCUCUGUAGCAGAGGUAACUCUGGGUCUUCCAUUCCUGUGGCGGUCCUCAUGAGAGCCAGUUUCAUCAUAGCGCUUGAUGGUUUUUGCGACUGCACUUGAAGAAACUUUCAAAGUUCUUGAAGUGUUCUGUAUUGACUGACCUUCAUGUCUUAAAGUAAUGAUGGACGGUCAUUUCUCUUUGCUUAUUUGAGCUGUUCUUGCCAUAAUAUGGACUUGGUCUUUCACCAAAUAGGGCUAUCUUCUGUAUACCCCCCCCCCCCCCCCACACCUUGUCACAACACAAAAAGGAAAUAAAUUCCACAAAUUAGCUGUCAUCAAGGCAAAGGGUGGCUAUUUGAAGAAUCUCAAAUAUAAAAUAUAUUUUGUUUCGUUUAACACUAUUUUGGUUACAACAGGAUUCCAUAUGUGUUAUUUCAUUGUUUUGAUGUCUUCACUAUUAUUCAACAAUGUAGAAAAUAGUAAAAAUAAAGAACAACCCUUGAAUGAGUAGGUGUUCUAAAACGUUUGACCGGUAGUGUAAAUUAUAAAUGUAGCAGCAGAUUAUAGAUUAAGCGAAUUAUAUUAUAGAUGUAACCAAAAAAACAACUAUUUUUUAUAUGCCAUUCCUUACAGGAAAACCACGUCAACCUUGUCCACAUAGAAUCCAGAAAAUCGAAAAGGCGUAACUCUGAAUUCGAGAUCUUCGUGGACUGUGACAGCGAUCACGAGCAGCUCAACGAGAUCAUUCAGCUGCUACGUAAGCACGUGAACAUAGUGGAUAUGGACCAACCUGACAACUCCUGUUUACCUGAAGAAGGUAUUCCACAGUAGACAAAAUGGUUGAUUAUUGAUUAUUGAUUUCUACGUUUUGUUAGAGUAUAUUCUACCACAGUAUAUUGAGUAAAGUUUAUAUUGCGCAGUAUGCACGCUUAUAUAUAUAUUAUAUAUAAUAUUAUAUAUAAUAUUAUUAAUAUAUUAUAUAUAUUUAAAGUAUACACACUUAGGCCCACAGAGUAUAUUACAAUCUUUACAAUCACAUGAUGGACCUAAUUAAGUGAAAACUAAUUAUUUAUAUUUCAGAUAUAGAAAAUGCCCCCUGGUUCCCCAAGAAGAUCUCAGAUCUGGACAAGUGUGCCAACCGUGUUCUAAUGUACGGAUCAGACCUGGACGCCGACCAUCCGGUAUGUACUAUAAUUAUAACAUAGAAACUAGGCAUUACUUUAUAAUGUUUAUGUAUUACUUUAUCUUGUUAUAACAAUGUUAUAUCUCCCUCUUAUCACAGGGGUUCAAGGACAACGUCUACAGAAGAAGGAGAAAGCAUUUUGCUGAUCUCGCCAUGAACUACAGAUAGUAAGUACAUUAUGGUUGAACUAACAUAUUUUCCAGGAAAAAAGGUAAUUUUAAUCGAAGAAUAUAUCCCAUAUCAAGUUUCCUCCUAUUCUAUUAUACUGUACUCUACUAUAUUCUACUGUACUCUACUCUACUAUAUUCUACUGUACUCUACUGUACUAUAUUCUACUGUACUGUACUCUACUAUGUUCUACUGUACUCUACUGUAUUCUAUUUUACUGUGCUGUACUGUACUCUACUCCACUCUACUAUAUUCUACUGUACUCUACUAUAUUCUACUGUACUCAUAUUAUACUGUACUGUACUCUACUGAAUUCUACUGUACUCUACUGUAUUAUAUUCUACUGUACUCUACUCCACUCUACUAUAUUCUACUGUACUCUACUCUAUUCUACUUCACUCUACUCUACUAUAUUCUACUGUACUCUACUCUAUUCUACUGUACUCUACUGUACUAUAUUCUACUGUACUCUACUCUGUUCUAUUAUACGCUACUGUACUGUACUCUACUAUAUUAUAUUCUACUGUACUCUACUAUAUUCUACUGUACUCUACUCUACUCUAUUAUACUGUACUCUACUGUACUCGAUUCAACUGUACUAUAUUCUACUGUACUCUACUAUAUUAUACUGUACUCUAUUCUACUGUACUCUACUCUAUUCUACUGUACUCUACUAUAUUCUAUUAACAGCCAUUGUCUUGUCCUUAUCUACCAGUGGGGACCCUAUCCCUCGUAUAGAGUUUACAGAGGAGGAGUUGGCAACGUGGGGGGUGGUGUACCGGGAGCUCAACAAGCUGUACCCCACCCACGCCUGUAGAGAGUACCUGAAGAACCUGCCCCUACUGGCCAAACACUGUGAAUGUAGAGAGGAUAACAUACCACAGCUAGAGGACGUAUCACGCUUCCUUAGAGGUGAGAUGGGAGGAGGUGCGGGUUGUGUGUGUCUGGGAGUCGUUUGGGAGUCGUUUGGGAGUCGUUUGGGAGUCGUUUGUGUAUAUACUGUGUGUGUGUGUGUGUGUGUGUGUGUGAGAGACAGAGACGGAGAGACAGAGAGACAGAGACAUACAGACAGAGAGACAGAGACGGAGAGACAUACAGACAGAGACAUACAGACAGAGACAUACAGACAGAGAGACAUACAGACAGAGACAGAGAGACAGACAGACAAGAGACAUACAGACAGAGACAGAGAGACAGAGACAUACAGACAGAGAGACAGAGACGGAGAGACGGAGACACAUACAGACAGAGACAUACAGACAGAGAGACAUACAGACAGAGAGACAGAGAGACAGACAUACAGACAGAGACAUACAGACAGAGAGACAUACAGACAGAGAGACAGAGAGACAGACAGACAGACAGAGACAUACAGACAGAGACAGAGACAUACAGACAGAGACAGAGAGACAGAGACAUACAGACAGAGAGACAGAGACGGAGAGACAUACAGACAGAGAGACAUACAGACAGAGAUAGAGAGACAGACAGACAUACAGACAGACAGACAGACAGACAGAGACAUACAGACAGAGACAUACAGAGAGACAGACAUACAGAGAGACAGAGACAGAGAGACAGUGAGACAGAGACAGAGAGACAGAGACAUACAGACAGAGACAUGCAGACAGAGACAGAGAGACAGAGACAGAGAGACAGAGAGACAGUGAGACAGUGAGACAGUGAGACAGAGACAGAGAGACAUACAGACAGAGUGAGAGAGUGUUGGAUACUAGAUAAAAAAUACUUUAUCAAAUCAAAUGUAUUGGUCACAUACACAUGGUUAGCAGAUGUUAUUGUGAGUGUAGCGAAAUGCUUGUGCUUCUAGUUCCGACAGUGCAGCAAUAUCUAGCAAGUAAUAUCUAACAGUUCCACAACAAAUAUCUAAUACACACAAAUCUAACUAAAGGAAUGGAAUAAGAAUAUAUAAAUAUAUGGAUGAGCAAUGUCAUUAUCAGAGUGGCAUAGGCUAAGAUGCAAUAGAUAGUAUAGAAUACAGUAGAUACAUAUGAGAUGGGUAAUGCAAGAUAUUUAAACAUUAAGAUAGUAUAGAAUACAGUAUAUACAUAUGAGAUGGGGAAUGCAAGAUAUGUAAACAUUAUUUAAUGGUAAAAUAAAUGUAACCAAUAUUUAACCAAUAUUUAUAUCAUAUUUUGUAAGAUUGAUCAGGAACAUCUCUCUGUUGCUGACAUGUUGCACACAGUUUGGGUCCAGUAUGUGACAUUUUCUUGAAUCCUAUAAUUUUUCAGAGCGGACAGGCUUCACCAUCCGGCCUGUGGCAGGUUACCUCUCCCCCAGAGACUUCCUGGCUGGUCUGGCCUUCCGCGUGUUCCACUGUACCCAGUACGUCCGACACAGCUCCGACCCCCUCUACACACCAGAGCCGUAAGUACCCCCAUACCACAUUUAUUUUACCUUUAUUUUAGCAGGGAGUCCCAUUGAGACCAAGGUCUCUAUUACAAAGGAGUCCUGCACUAAGGGCCCUUAACCAACAUUCUGAAUGACCUGAAACACAACCACAUUCCUCAGUAAAGGGUCCUUAACCAACAUUCUGAAUGACCUGAAACACAACCACAUUCCUCAGUAAAGGGUCCUUAACCAACAUUCUGAAUGACCUGAAACACAACCACAUUCCUCAGUAAAGGGCCCUUAACCAACAUUCUGAAUGACCUGAAACACAACCACAUUCCUCAGUAAAGGGUCCUUAACCAACAUUCUGAAUGACCUGAAACACAACCACAUUCCUCAGUAAAGGGCCCUUAACCAACAUUCUGAAUGACCUGAAACACAACCACAUUCCUCAGUAAAGGGUCCUUAACCAACAUUCUGAAUGACCUGAAAUACAACCACAUUCCUCAGUAAAGGGUCCUUAACCAACAUUCUGAAUGACCUGAAACACAACCACAUUCCUCAGUAAAGGGUCCUUAACCAACAUUCUGAAUGACCUGAAACACAACCACAUUCCUCAGUAAAGGGUCCUUAACCAACAUUCUGAAUGACCUGAAACACAACCACAUUCCUCAGUAAAGGGUCCUUAACCAACAUUCUGAAUGACCUGAAACACAACCACAUUCCUCAGUAAAGGGCUCUUAACCAACAUUCUGAAUUACCUGAAAGACUCCGGCCAACUGUAGGGUAUAAUCUCAUAAGCCUGAACCAAAUCUCGUCAUGAGCUACAGUGAGGGAAAAAAGUAUUUGAUCCCCUGCUGAUUUUGUACGUUUGCCCACUGACAAAGAAAUGAUCAGUCUAUAAUUUUAAUGGUAGGUUUAUUUUAACAGUGAGAGACAGAAUAACAACAACAAAAAUCAAGAAAAACUCAUGUCAAAAAUGUUAUAAAUUGAUUUGCAUUUUAAUGAGGGAAAUAAGUAUUUGACCCCUCUGCAAAACAUGACUUAGUACUUGGUGGCAAAACCCUUGUUGGCAAUCACAGAGGUCAGACGUUUCUUGUAGUUGGCCACCAGGUUUGCACACAUCUCAGGAGGGAUUUUGUUCCACUCCUCUUUGCAGAUCUUCUCCAAGUCAUUAAGGUUUCGAGGCUGACGUUUGGCAACUCGAACCUUCAGCUCCCUCCACAGAUUUUCUAUGGGAUUAAGGUCUGGAGACUGGCUAGGCCACUCCAGGACCUUAAUGUGCUUCUUCUUGAGCCACUCCUUUGUUGCCUUGGCUGUGUGUUUUGGGUCAUUGUCAUGCUGGAAUACCCAACCACGACCCAUUUUCAAUGCCCUAGCUGAGGGAAGGAGGUUCUCACCCAAGACUUGACGGUACAUGGCCCCGUCCAUCGUCCCUUUGAUGCGGUGAAGUUGUCCUGUCCCCUUAGCAGAAAUACACCCCCAAAGCAUAAUGUUUCCACCUCCAUGUUUGACGGUGGGGAUGGUGAUCUUGGGGUCAUAGGCAGCAUUCCUCCUCCUCCAAACACGGCGAGUUGAGUUGAUGCCAAAGAGCUCAAUUUUGGUCUCAUCUGACCACAACACUUUCACCCAGUUCUCCUCUGAAUCAUUCAGAUGUUCAUUGGCAAACUUCAGACGGGCAUGUAUAUGUGCUUUCUUGAGCAGGGGGACCUUGCGGGCGCUGCAGGAUUUCAGUCCUUCACGGCGUAGUGUGUUACCAAUUGUUUUCUUGGUGACUAUGGUCCCAGCUACCUUGAGAUCAUUGACAAGAUCCUCCCGUGUAGUUCUGGGCUGAUUCCUCACCGUUCUCAUGAUCAUUGCAACUCCACGAGGUGAGAUUUUGCAUGGAGCCCCAGGCCGAAGGAGUUUGACAGUUCUUUUGUGUUUCUUCCAUUUGCAAAUAAUCGCACCAACUGUUGUCACCUUCUCACCAAGCUGCUUGGCGAUGGUCUUGUAGCCCAUUCCAGCCUUGUGUAGGUCUACAAUCUUGUCCCUGACAUCCUUGGAGACCUCUUUGGUCUUGGCCAUGGUGGAGAGUUUGGAAUCUGAUUGAUUGAUUGCUUCUGUGGACAGGUGUCUUUUAUACAGGUAACAAACUGAGAUUAGGAGCACUCCCUUUAAGAGUGUGCUCCUAAUCUCAGCUCGUUACCUGUAUAAAAGACACCUGGGAGCCAGAAAUCUUUCUGAUUGAGAGGGGGUCAAAUAUUUCCCUCAUUAAAAUGCAAAUCAAUUAAUAACAUUUUUGACAUGCGUUUUUCUGGAUUUUUUUGUUGUUAUUCUGUCUCUCACUGUUCAAAUAAACCUACCAUUAAAAUUAUAGACUGAUCAUGUCUUUGUCAGUGGGCAAACGUACAAAAUCAGCAAUGGAUCAAAUACUUUUUUCCCUCACUGUAGUUAGCUAGCUACUUGAUUUAUUCUGUGUUGUUUAUUUAUGGUUCUGAGAUUACAUACUACAGUGCAUACAUUACAUACUACAUACAUUCAGUGUAUAAGCAAAGUAGAUAAAGGGCUGUAUAACUCAGUGUUUCUUGUUUCCGGUCACACAGAGACACGUGCCAUGAGUUGCUGGGUCACGUCCCGUUGCUGGCUGAGCCCAGCUUCGCCCAGUUCUCCCAGGAGAUAGGCCUGGCUUCCCUCGGAGCUUCAGAUGAAUCCAUACAGACCCUGGCCACCGUGAGUAGUCAUCCUGUACUAACUCUGAACAUAUCAAAUAUACUGUCUAACACUAACAUCCUGAACAUAUCAAAGUUAAUAUGAAAGUGGAAAUCAGUUAAAAAAUUUUCUGACUGGUGCAUGAGAUCAGUUUUAGCGCCAACACUGAACCUUGUAGACUCUGUAACAAAAAGUACCCUGAUCAGUGGUGGAAAAAAGUACCCAAUCGUCAUUCUUGAGUAAAAGUAAAGAUACCUUAAUAGAAAAUGACAUUCAAAAUGUAACAAGUAGUUUUGGGUGUCAGGGAAAAUGUAUGGAGUAAAAAUUGAAAUAGUAAAGUACAGAUACCCCAAUAAAACGACUUAAGUAGUACUUGAAAGUAUUUUUACUUAAGUACUUUACACCACUGAUGUCUUGUAACAUUACUUUUUAUUAUAGAGUAAUGUUUAUAUAUAUAUAUAUUACUAAGAGAUUAACUUAGUCACCAACCCUAAAACCUUGUUAGCCUGGUCCUACAUUUGUUUGUUCUGUCUUGGUGUGACAAUGACCAUCGGAGUCGGCACGACGGCACAAACAGAUCUGGGACCAUGGCAGAACCUAGAGAGGGGAAUGGAUCAGCAGUUCACAUUUCGUUUGGCAUUACUGACUCUUGCAUGCGCUGUUGUGUUCCAGUGUUAUUUCUUCACGGUGGAGUUUGGCCUGUGUAAACAGGAGGGGAAGCUGAGAGCGUACGGAGCAGGCCUUCUGUCUUCCAUCAGUGAACUCAAGGUAUAUAAAUAUUAUUGUAACGAAUUCGGGGGGGGGGGGGGGGGGGGGGGGGGGGGGGGGGUAGCCCCGACCGGGACUCGAACAUGGGUCCAGCAACUGUCAAGCCAACGCCUUUACCGUUACGCCAAGAGGUCCAAAUCUCUUGACAAGGACUAGGUGUUCGCUUAAGGUCGCUACAUUAUAAACAAAAGGUAUUAUAUUAGAAACUAAAGGUAAUAUUAUAUUAGAAACAAAGUUAUUUAGGGGAGAAUGCUGUUUAGUCCAAGAUUAGUCUUAAUCUGGUCCUGGGAAACUGGACCAAAUGUUUUGUUCUUCCUCCCCACAGCAUGCUUUGUCUGGUAACGCCGUCAUCAAGCCUUUUGACCCCAAGGUCACAUGUAAACAGGAGUGCAUCAUCACAACAUUUCAGGACAUCUACUUUGUGUCCGACAGCUUUGAGGAGGCCAAAGUCAAGAUGAGGUGAGAUGACCUUGGGGUCAAAGGGCAUCUGGAAUCUUACUGUAUAGUAACACAUUAUUUAAAUGUAGAUUACCUUCAUAUGGACUUCAUAACACAUUGAUACAUUCGUAUGUACUGCUUAUGAAUGGGUUAUGUAUGGGUCAUGAAUGUGUUAUAAUGUCCUUGUGUAGGUACCCUUCAAAUAAAAGUGUCACUGGAUUGAUACACGCUCUGUUACUGACUGCUAGCAUCACUGUGGUGACGUGUAAAGGCUUUUAGAUGAGCUGUUCUUUACUAUCUCCUUCUACACACACACACACACACACACAGACGCACACGCACACACACACACACACACACACACAGACACACACACACACACACACACACAGACACACACACACACACACACACACAGACACACAGACACACACACACACACACACACACAGACACACACACACACACAGACAGACACACACACACACACAGACACACACACACAGACACACACACGCACACAAACACACACACACACACAUACACACACACACACACACAUUCAGACACACACACAGACACAGUAUCUCUCUCUCUCUCUCUCUCUCUCUCUCUCUCUCUCUCUCUCUCUCUCUCUCUCUCUCUCUCUCUCUCUCUCUCUUACUGCUACCAUUACUUUCAUAGCUUCUAGAUCGUAUCAUCUAGAUAUGCAUAAUAACUCAUUCUUGCCAUCCCUCCAGGGAGUUUGCCAAGACGAUCAAGCGUCCGUUCACGGUGCGCUACAACCCGUAUACUCAGAGUGUGGACGUUCUAAAGGACACUCCCAGUAUCAACAGCGUGGUGGAGGAGCUGAGACAUGAGCUGGACAUUGUGGGCGACGCCCUCAGCCGGCUUAACAAACACCUGGGAGUCUGAGUGACAACCUAAAGCCCUAUGAGUCACAGACUCCCAAAUGGCACCCUAUACCCUGCCUACAGGCCCUGGUCAAAAGUAG